GUACCGAAAGCUUCCUGACUACCAUUACCCCCUCAUUUUCAAGGAUUGCCUGAAUGCCACCAUCCAUUUCCUGAAGAGCCUGGAAACCUAUGGGGUAGACCCCUCUCGGGUAGUGCUCUGUGGAGAGAGUAUUGGAGGUUGGGCUGUGGCCAGUACGAUUCAGGUCUUUGUCAGUAGCCCUAGUCUCCCCCAGAUCCGGGCUCAAGUUCUGAUUACUCCAGUAAUCCAGACCAUUAAUUUCCGUUUACCAUCUCAUCAACAGAAUAAAAAUGUGCCAUUCCUUACCAGAGACAUUAUGUUUAUGUGUUUGUGUAAAUACCUGGCCAUCGACCUCUCUUGGAAAGAUGCCAUGUUGACAGGUGAUGUUAUACCUCUAGACAUGUGGAAAAAAUAUAGGAAAUGGCUCAGCUCAGACAACAUCCCCAGAAGGUUCUGGAGUUCAGACUCACAACCUGAGUUUCUUGGAUGUUUUAAUGAGGCUGCCUACCUAGAAACAAAACAAAUUUUUGAUGUAGAGAUUUCACCUAUCUUAGCAGAUGAUAAGACCAUUGCUCAGCUUCCUGAGGCAUUCCUAGUGACCUGUGAGUAUGACAUUCUCCGUGAUGAUGCCUUGCUCUACAAGAAGCGCUUGGAAGACCAGGGGGUCCCUGUGAGCUGGUACCAUGUGGAGGACGGAUUUCAUGGGAGCCUAACAUUGUUUGAUUGGAAGUUUUUCUCUUUCCCCUGCUCCAUGAAAAUAGUAAACACUGUCGUCAGUUACAUAAAGAACAUAUAA